CUGGCAUCAUCAUAGCGAAAGAGCUGCAUUUGCCCAAGGUCUCGGAGAGGGGCUCCCGUCUCCCAGCGUUGCCCUGACAUUAUCAUUGUCGAUAAGUGGGCGGUACGCGGCUCAGGAGGCGAUACGCCGUUCAAGUAUGGGCCCCGCACGGCCGGCCCGCCCGCGAGGCCGCAGCUGGGACGAGCUGGCCGCACCCGCGGUGUGGUGGCUGCUGCACGCGCUGGGUCUGUGGGCCUGCCUCACGUUGCCUACGGACCUGCGGCUUGGCACGCAGUCGCAGCUGUCGGCUCAGCACUGGCUGGUGGCGGUCGUCCUGGGGCUGAACGUCGUGUUAUUCUACACGGUGCGCCGCUCCGACCCGGGCUACCUGUUGCCGCAGCCACAGCUGCUAGCCUGUGAGGCGGCGCCGCUCCUAGCAGCCAAGGCCGCCCGGGCCGCCGCCGCCGCCGCCACGCCCAACGCCGUCGCCGCCGCCGGCAGCCUGUUGGAUUCAAAGGCUGUAACAGAUAAGGUUCACGGAGCUACUGUCUGUUUGGCCGCAUCCGCGGAUGCGACCGAGUUAGGGGCAACUGCGGGUGCUGCAGGCGGGGACAAGUCAGGGAAAGGCAGUAGCAGCAGCAUUGUGGCGGGCGGGGGGAGGGGCGCCGGCCGCUACAGCGGACGCUACGGCAGCGGCAGCAGCAGUGGCAAUAGCAGCUCGGCGCCUUGCUCUCAGUGCGGCGCGGUGCGGAGCUUGGAGCGGGAGGGCGACGAGGUGGAUGAGCUGGGGUGCGGGCGCAAUGUGGUUGUGGUGCAUUGCCGCUACUGUGACCGGUGCGUGCUGGGCUUUGACCACCACUGCUGGUGGCUGGGCGUGUGUGUGGGCGCGCGGAACCACAACCACUUCACCCGCUACGCCGCCAGCCAGGCGCUGGUGUGCGGUCUGGGCGCACACUACGCGCUGACGGCCUGCGGCCGCGGCGGCCCCGGCGGCCACACCUGGGCCUACGUGGCGCUGCUGCUGCUGGGCGGCACCCUCAUCCUGCUGUGCUGCCUGGUGGCUACGCACACCUUCCUAGUCAUCACCGGGCAGAGCGGCAGGCAGGCGCUGAGGCGCGUGCGCAGCGCAGGGCUUUGGGGCGGCUCGGGCGCGGGCGGCGGCGCGGGGGUCGCGGGGUCGCUGCUGGGCGGGGCCGUGGUGUCGGAUGUGGCGGUGCGAGCUGCCGGUGGUGGCAGGGGCCGGGCGGGGCCGGGCAUGUCGAUAGGGCAGGCGCUGCUGCGCGGCGGGGAGGGCGAUGACGGGCUGAGCCUGGGGCUGAUGCUGCAGAACGGCGUGUGGCUGUGCUGCGGCGUGCGGCCGGGCUGGCUGGUGCGCAGCGGCGGCGUGCAGCGGGCGGGGCGGCUGCUGUUCCGGCUCGUCAACAACGACGUAUACAGCUGCUGCUGAGGAGUCAUACUGCUCAUACACCCGGCAAUCUUGCAUCACCCUUUGAUGAGUUGUGUUGAUUGGUGUUGUUGGUGCGAGUGGAUACGCUUAUGUAUCCGUACUACAGUGCGCGACUCAACUGUAAUCGCACGUCUGC